AUUCCUUCACCCCGAUGCUCCUCCUCUCUCCUGUCGGUGCCAAAUCCCUCUAUCAACUUUUCUAAGACAAAAGCUCCUUUUGUGGCGGUGGAAAAACAACAUGGCAGAAUUUGCCGUCCAGUCCGAAGGAAGAAGCGAGGGGAUUGUGAUUAAAGAUGACUGGCCAGGCUACAGUUUAGAUCUCUUCAGCUAUCCAGCACACUACUCCGGGGAUUUAGACUGUGUCAUCAUCCCGCAUGGCGUGAUUAUGGACAGAACAGAACGUCUUGCUAGAAACAUCAUGGAUGACCUGGGGGACCACGCCAUUGUGGUCCUGUGCGUGCUGAAAGGAGGCUACCAGUUCUGUGCCGACCUGGUGGACAGGAUCAAGGACCUUAGCCACAACUCCAACCGCACAAUCCCCAUGACGGUGCACUUCAUCCGUCUCAAGAGUUACUUGAAUGACGAGUCAACAGAGGAUCUUCACAUUCUGGGAGGAGAGGACUUGUCUUUUUUAGCUGGAAAGAAUGUUCUGGUUGUGGAGGGCAUUGUAGGCACCGGAAAGACGAUGAAGACUCUCCUGAAGCACGUCGAAGCCUUCGGGCCCAAAAUGAUCAAAGUAGCAGGAUUGCUGGUGAAGAGAGUGCUGCAUAGCUCAGCAUGUGUUCCUGACUAUGUCGGCUUUGAGAUACCCAAUCGUUUUGUGGUUGGAUAUGCCUUAGACUACAAUGAGUACUUUAGAGAUCUCAAUCACAUCUGCGUGAUCAGCAACACCGGGAAGAUGAAAUAUAAGAUUUAAAGAGGGGGGCAGCGAUAGAGGCGACUGUCGAGCAGAUGUCAUCUGACAGCAAGCCCAGACACUUCCUGUGAGAUGCCAUUGACUUACAGCUGCUAUGGUGACAUCUGAUCCCAAUCAUGCCUGCUUUGUUAUAACAUUCCUGGUUCCAAACAUGUUGACAUUUUUAACAACACACACUGCAACAUUUAACUGGAGAGUUUAUCACAGAAAGCGCAGUGAUUCAGGUUUUAAACAAACGUGUAGCGUUAAGUGGGGGGGGAUGCUGUUCUAACUCUAUAUCUAAAGCAUCCAAUCAUUUUGGUGUACUGCUUCUUUUAUGAAAUGUAAAGCAUUUGAUAACCACUGUUUGUGAGGAAUACCAACAAAACCUAAAAUGAAAGGAAGUUGUUUUUUUGUUUUUAUUUGUUCUCCAACUAUGCGAUGCCUUUUUAAAGUUUCAUCUGAUAUUCCGUCACUUUUAACGCACAGGGGAGAAACAGUUCAAGUCUUGUCAACACUAAGUGCCAUUACUACCUCCUUUGUGUGUGUGUUUGUUUGUUUUUCACUUGCUGUAGAGUACUUUUGUCAUUUCUCUGUAUCAGUUUAUGUUCUAACAUACAAUAAAAUGUUUUUUU